AUGCCUUUGCUGGCCCUAUGCUGCGCUCUCGUCGCAGCCGCCGGUGCUAGCGCACUCGGCUUGCAUCCCGGCCCCGGCCCCGGCUCCGGCCCCGGCGAACAGAAAACACUUGGUGGGGCCCGGCCGCCGGUGCUAGCGGAAGAACAGCCCGCACCGUUCACCUUACGAAAACAACCCAAAGAACUUUGUGAUGCAGGGUCACAAUACUGGACCGGUGUUGUCAAUAUCACCGAUCAUAAAUCCAUUUUCUUCUGGUACUUUGAGAGUCGGCAUGAUCCUGAAAAUGCCCCCUUGGUACUUUGGAUGAGCGGCGGCCCAGGAGCAACGGGAGAACUAGGGCUUUUCAAAGGUAUCGGCCCGUGUGUCAACGAGGAUGGAAAUUCUACAAAUACUCUGGAAUACUCAUGGAUUGAUUAUGCAAAUGUUGUUGUCGUCGACCAACCGGCUCGGGUUGGCUUCUCACACAUUACCAACCGCAGUCAUAUUCCAGUGAGCCUCGAGGAGGGUGGCCGCGAUAUUCACAGGUUUCUCAGAACCUUCACCAACGACGUAUUCCCUGAACACAGUGAGCGACCGCUGCACAUUGCUGGCGAAUCUAUGGGAGGUCACUAUGUCACCGGCUACACGCAUCACAUCAUGCGCUCGGAAAGAGAGAUUGGCGACUCUGGAAAAAGUCGUGCGACAUACAAGCCGCUGAAUAUCGAAUCUGCUAUCAUAACAGAUGGCUAUGUGGAUAAUACCCAACAGACUGUAGGUUACUAUGACUUUUUCUGUUCAGACUGGCGCCGAGACGGCCGCAAGGCGCCGCUCAUGAACAGCACGGCGUGUGACUUGAUGGAAGCUGCAGUGCCUCACUGCGAAAUUCUCGGACAAAUCUGCCGUGAGACAUAUGAUAAGGAGGUUUGCCUCGCGGCCGCUAUGUCUUGUGACGAGACUGUGGGGGCGCCCUAUGCUGCGGAUGUCAGACCUGGAGGUUGGAACCCGUACGACAGUCGUCUGAAAUGCCAAAAGCCCCCGCUAUGCUCAGAUUUCGACAAAGGCGCAACCUUUGAGUUCUUCAAUUAG